UGCCCCUAGUGGUAGCCGCCCGCCGCCUCGCACAUACUACAGGAAGGAAGGACACAGCCAGCCCACGCAGGCCCGCCGCCGCCGCCGACAUGGACCCUUCGGCGCCGUCCGGUAGCUCCGCCGACGCCUCGGCGUCCUCCUCUUCUUCCGCCGUAGAGGACCUCGCCCCGGGCAUGGCGGCCAUGAGCCUCCAAGACCGGUUCGAGUUGCUGCGGGGCAUCGGCGAGGAGUGUAUCCAGGAGGACGAGCUCAUGAAUCUGCUGCAGAAAAAGCCCGUCCCCAUCUGCUACGACGGAUUUGAGCCCUCCGGCCGCAUGCACAUUGCCCAGGGCAUUGUGAAGACAAUCAAUGUUAACAAGAUGGUCAGGGCUGGAUGCAAAGUAAAAAUUUGGAUAGCAGACUGGUUUGCUCAGCUCAACAAUAAGAUGGGGGGUGAUCUAAAAAAAAUCCAGACUGUUGGACGGUACAUGAUUGAGAUUUGGAGAGCAGCUGGUAUGAAUCUUGAUGGUGUGGAAUUCUUGUGGUCCUCAGAAGAAAUCAAUAAUCGUGCAAAUGAAUAUUGGCCACUUGUAAUGGACAUUGCCUGUAAAAAUAAUGUCAAAAGAAUAAUGAGAUGUUGUCAGAUUAUGGGUCGAAAUGAUUCGGAUGAGUUGACAGCUGCCCAAAUAUUCUAUCCUUGUAUGCAGUGUGCUGAUAUAUUUUUCUUGAAGGCAGACAUUUGCCAGUUGGGCAUGGACCAAAGGAAGGUCAAUGUGCUAGCCAGGGAGUACUGUACCGACAUCAAAAGGAAAAACAAACCGAUUAUUUUGUCACAUCACAUGCUCCCUGGUUUUAAGGAGGGCCAGGAAAAGAUGUCAAAGAGUGAUCCAUCCUCAGCCAUUUUUAUGGAAGAUGACGAGGCUCAGGUAAAUUUGAAGAUAAAACAAGCAUUUUGCCCUCCCAACGUGGUUGAUGGGAACCCAUGCUUGGAGUACAUCAAGUAUAUUGUUUUCCCUUGGUUUGAAAUGUUUGAGGUGGUUCGGAAGGAAGCAAAUGGCGGUAACAAGACAUUUACAAACAUGGAUGAACUCAUCGAUGAUUAUAAGACUGGUGCUUUGCAUCCUGCUGAUGUUAAGCCAGCUCUAGCAAAAGCAAUAAACCAAAUAUUGCAGCCUAUUCGUGACCACUUCAAUAACAACAGUGAAGCAAAGAUUCUGCUUAACACUGUUAAGAAGUACAGAGUAACCAACUAAGGAGGAAACUAGUUCAAGCAUCUUUGUCCUAUUGAUCUACCUGGAUAUUUUCUAUGGCUACUUUGGAACCAUAUGAACCUAAUAUUUAAUGGAGGAAUUUUGUUUGCCAUUUUUUUGUUUUUGUUUUUUUAUGUACUGAGUUGCAGAGCAACCAUUGCAUGGUACUGCACAAACUUUGUUUAGAUUAUUAGUUGUCAGAUACCCAAUCUCGUUUUAUCAGUAUGGUGCAAUGAAUGUUCAUGAUCACCUUAAUGUUAUAGAUUUGACAAGACAAAAGUCGAGUGCAAAGUGCAAACAUAUGGUGGAAAUGCAUUUGAUUUUAUUCCAGACGUUC